UUGUGCGUGCCGAACGAACGCGUACGCGUUAAGCGGCCUCUCUUUCACAGACACAAUCCCAACACACAGGCAGUCGAGCAGUUUGGCUCUUUAGCCACUUUAUUCCUCCCCAAAACCGGAGACAAACUCACCCUAAAUUUCAAUAGGCUUGUAAACUCAACCCUCAACAACCACCACAAUGAAUAAAAUCUACUGCGGGAACCUGAGCGAGGACGUUACGGAGGAUGCCCUGCGCGACCUCUUCGAGGAAAAUGGCGUGCCCGUCUCCAGCAUGGUCGUAAAGCGCAGCGCCAACCCGAACAGCAACGCCAGCCCCUUCGCUUUUGUGGACGUUGAGAACGAAGAAAUGGCCCAACUUGCCAUCGACAAGCUCAACGACUACAACUUACUUGGAUCAGUAAUGGUUGUGGAGCACUCUGUCCCCAAGCGUGGGAGAGGCAACAGGAGCCGCUCCACCAACAUCCAGGUGCAUAACAUUCCCCUGAACACCCCGCUGCAAGAAAUCCAGGACCUGCUGAAGACAUUCGGCGAAGUCUCUUCCUGCGAAAAAGGCCGGGAGGGUGCUAACGGUUACGGUGUAAACGCCACCUAUGCAGCCGUGGAGCAAGCCCAGCAGGCCAUCAAGCAGCUCAACAACUACGAAUUCAACAAGUCCAUGCUCAAGGUGAACUACAAGACUUCCGGGUCUCGCCAGGGCAAUCGCUACAAUCGCAAUCCCAACCGCAACCAAGGGAACGCUGUGUUUCCAGUCAGAAUGUUGGUUCCCAGCGAUACGGUGGGUGCCAUCAUUGGAAGAGGCGGCAAGACCAUCAAGCAGAUCACUGCUGAAACCGAAGCAAGGAUCGACAUCCAUCGCCACGAGAACCCAGGAUCUGGAGAGAAGGUAAAAGCUGUGACCUAUUUUGGCAACCCCGAAGACUGCACCACCGCUUGCAGGAAGGUCCGAGAAGUCUUGAGCCAGGAGUUGUCCCAGAAAGGGUCCCUGCCCCCACUCAAGCUGCUGGCCCACGAUGCACUGGUGGGCCGUCUGAUCGGCAAGGGUGGAAGCUCCCUCAAGCACAUCAUGCAGGAGUCUGGUGCCACUAUCACCAUUUCCCCCUUACACGAGCUGACCGUCUGCAACCCUGAGCGCACCAUCACCAUCAAGGGCACCUUGGACCAGGAGUCCAAGGCCGAGUCCCUGAUCACGGCCAAGCUGCGCACCGCCUACGAGCAGCACAUGCAGAGCAUGCAGAACCAGCAGCAGCAGAUGUUCCCGGGCAUCAACCACAUGGCCAUGUUCUCUGGCGGCGGCGAGCACAACCACGGCGGCUACCAGAACCAGGGCAUGGGGCAAGGACCUAUUCCUGGUCUGUAUUAUCCCAACCCACGUGGCUACAGAGAUCAGCGCAUGCAGCAGGAGUAUCCCAGAGAUGCAAAUGAGACCACCUUUCUGUACGUGCCCAACGAAGCCGUGGGUGCCAUCAUCGGCGUCAAGGGCGACAUCAUCAAGAGCAUGUGCCACACAUCCAACGCCUCGAUCCGGAUUGCUCCAGCUGAGAACCAGAUUGCCCAGCGCGAGAACGAGGCCGCGACAGAGCGCAAGGUGACCAUCAUCGGCUCCCCCGAGUCCCAGUGGAAGGCCCAGCUGCGUCUCUUUGAGAAGGUCUGCGGCCAGGGUCACUUUGAGACCAAGGAGGAGCACCUGCGAUGCGAGAUAGGCGUACCCGCCAAGAUGGUCGGCCGCAUCAUCGGCAAAAAGGGCACCAAGGUGCGUGAUCUGCAGCGUGCAACCUUUGCCCGCAUUGAGGUCCCCCGGGCCAACAAGGAAGAGGAAGACGCUGAACAGAACCCAGACGACUCUGAAGCCGAAGUCAUGGUCAAGAUCUAUGGAAACUUUUUCUCCUUGCAGGCCGCCCAGCGUCGUCUGCGCAAGAUGCUUUUUGAUUUCACCAACCGCGGCAACCAGAACCAGUACAACAACUACAAUCAAGGCGGGUACAAUCAAGGCGGGUAUCAGCGCCGCGGCCGCAUGAACGGUCCAGGGCCACAGUAAGAGGACCCUCAGCUACCCCCUCCCCCCAAAAAAAUACACCCCCUACCUCCCAAUAACCUCACCCCCCCCCCCCCUCCCCUCAACCUCAACUCUGGGGUCCCUGUCCUUGUUGCCAUCUUGAAAAGAACGCUUGUGACUUCCUGAUUUGUGAUUUGGGGUCUGAAUAAAUUUGCUCCAAUGUAUUCUCUCUUGUGAACUCGAGCUUUCUUUUCAAGAUGAAGCCUGAACCCUCAAAACGCCCGAAAAGGCCGAGAUUUUUUUGGUUUAAUCUGGAAACCAAAGUUUCUGGUUGUGGAUUUUUUUCCCCCCCCCCCCCCGAAGGUUUUUUUGGUUGUGGUUGACAGUAGCAGAAGUUGAUUAUUGGUGCAUACGUCGGGCAAAUUCGAAGCCUUUUUUGAUUGCUGAGAUUUGCACCAGAUUGAGAUGAAUUUGUGAAUGAAUGAAUACCACCGACUGUGUUUUUUUCCCCGGCUGAAUUGUCGGGCCUGGCUCUUUGACAUUUGGAAUGUCGGAAAGGAAAGAGCCAAAAUUACAAACAAAAAAAGUGUGCUGGGCGCAGACCAUGACACCUUGAGGGUGACCACAGGUGGUGGUGUGCACUUUUUUUAAUUAAAUAAUGGACCGUUGAACUGGUUCUUCUGCUUGUUUUUAUUCCCCUCCGAAAUUCUUGACUUGUCACCCCUCCCCCUAGAAAUGGUGGGACCUUGCUGGACGCCAGCUGUUUAGAACCAUCGAUGGAUGGGAAACUUCAGUACCCGACUGAACCUUCAAAUUGAGUUCGAUGAGUCAAAAGUGUCAGAUUUCCCAGUGGAACAAUUAUGUUUGUUUGUGAGGGGUGAAAGGUCAAGAAGUCAACUUGCAAUGAGUUGUCAUGCAAGUUUUAAAUUUCAGUUUAUUUUUUUUAUGAUUUUUUUUUUUUUAAACGAGAGGGAAUGAUGGAUAAUUUUUUGGCUGAAGUUAUGAUGAAAAGUUGAACAGCUAUGAAAACAAUAAGAGGCAUUAAUAAUAUGGCAUUCCGGCACAAAAGUUAUGGGAGAAUAUUAAAGAGAAAAAAAAAGGUAAAAAAAAUAGUAAAAAUAAAAAAAUGCAAAAAAAAAUAGUAAAACAUAAAAAAAACUUAAAAAAAUAAAAAUAUAUAUUAUAAAGAGAAAUUUAGUUUAAAACAAUAUGGGCCAUUAUUUUGUGGAGAGAAUUGUAUAUUAUGGCCAUAUUUGUUACUUUAUUUUUUACUUUUUGAUAAAAAAAAAUAUAAAAAAAAGAUUAUUAAAAAAAAAUGGAGAUUCCAUCCAGUGCUACCUCUUGUCCAAAAGUCUGUAAUCGAUAAACUUUUUUUCCCCAAUGUUGGAGAAAAAUUUCACAAAGAUGAGACUCAAAUUUGGCGUUGAAAAAAACAAAACAGUACAAAUCUGUUGGAUCGAUCAGACUUUGUUUUACAGAGCAACUGCUGCUGCAUUGGUGUAAUCUACAUUUUUGGAUUUACGUUAAAAAAAGAAACAAACAACCUGCAGACUUGAUCAAAAAAGAAUUUUCAACCGAGAGAAACACAAAACAAAUUCCAACUGGGUUAUUUGGCAAUAGAGGAUAUAAAUCUCAUGGUUGAAGGACCCGAAUUUAAUGUGGCUUUUUUUUGCUCACUGAAAAGGCGUUGGCUCAUCAUAGACAGUGACAAAAUUAGCUUGUUAAAUGAGGAUCCUUCUAACUUUCCUUGCAACACCAUAUCGUAAACGCGUAGCUUUCUAAGUAUUUAAAAGUUUAUAAAUCCCAACUCAGAAGACAAACAUCAAGUAUUAUUUGUGUUACUUAAAAGUAUGGAACGUUUUAUCUCCCAUUUCCUUUGGAAUGGGUGGACUACAUCAAAACGAAAAAAAAAGCAACAUUUGAGUGACGUAACGUAGUCCCUUUUUUUCCCAGUGCCGUAUAGUGUUAACGAACCAGGCCGUUAAAAGCCUAGCCUCCAAUUUCUCUAUUUUUUUUUUUUUUUUUUGGCAUGUUUCUCAGAGCAAUCAAAUAGGAAGAAUUUAAUAUCAACUGGGUGUCAUUUGGCACAUGCGAUGUGUUCUGUACUUCAACUUUUGUGCCUUGUGAUCCUGGGCGAGUAUUGAAUUUUUAAAUUUGUUUUCAACUCGAGCACUUGCAAAGAAAAAAACUCAAUAAUCGAGACACUUGCCCAGUGAUUGGUAUUGUGAUACUCUCACUUUUUCAUUUGAACAAAUUCUUUCAAAUGAUUGAUUUGGGAUUCAUCCAAAAAAAAAAAAAAAAAAAAAACACCAACCAAACCAGUGUCUAACUCAAGCAGGUCCGUGCAUUUCUUUCAAGAGAAAACGGACAAUCUCUUGGUUUGCUUAAGUUAGCAUUGACUUUUCAUAGACGACGUUUUUCAGAGCGAAACCACACGAGUUUCCAUAUGACUAUGGUAAUAAAACGCAUGUGGAAACCCACCAUGACAUUUUGUGGGGAUAAGAUAGAUCAGGGUUCUGGGAUAGUGAAGAUACAUUUUUCUCGGACUUUAUUGGACUGUAGUUUCUUGAAACUAAAAAAAAAAAAAGAGGCAACAAAAAAACAAGCAGAUCGGACUUGAAGACAAUAUCAUUAUUGUCAUUUUUACUUCUUUUUUUUGAAAAAAGGAAGCAGCACUUUUUAGUGCGAGCUUAUUGUCUCGUCACCUUGGUGACGAUGAUUUUUUGCAAUCUAAAAACCUUGCAAAAAAAACCAACUGAAUCGUUGACGGCUUGGGCCAGAAUGCAUGAACACUGGAACCCACACCAUUGUCCAGGAACAUUUUUACAAUGCUAUAUUAGACCGUUGGAAAACAUGGUAGUCUGGCAUCCAAGCCCACUGUGACAUUACAAAGUCGAGUACCUGCCUCUACUUGGAAGUUAAUGCAGAGAACAACCCAAAUUUCUGUGUUAGGAGGGAAAAGGUGACCAAUCAGUAUUUUGGAGAAUAGUUGGAGGGAAAAAAAACAUAACAGGAGUAGAAUUUUGUGAUUCUUUGGGACAGCUCUUGUUUCAGCGACUGUGUGGUGCAGAGUGGCAAGUGCUUUUGACUCGCUGUGAUGACUAUUUAAAGGUUCCAUGCCAUGUUAUUAACAUUUUCAGGGAUAGUCCGAAACACAUGCUAAAAAAAAAAAAUUACACCUCACACUUGGCCUUAAAACUUGAUGGAAGCCACCUGACGAUUUCUUUUAGCAUCUGUUUCAAUAUGCUGGAUGUAUUUUUUGUUCCUUCUGAUUUUGGUGUUUUGUCGCAAACGGGCUUUAAUUUCUUUUUAAAACAAUUAUUUGUUGCUUUAAUGAUAUUCAUACAAACAAACAAAAUGUAAUCUUUAAGUAGAUGUUGAGGGAUCCGUUGACCCUAAGUCAUUCACUUUGGUGGGACGUGCCCUGAUGUAGUUGUAAUUUUAAACUGGAGUCAAAAAAUAAAGUUUAAUGUUUUGUGUUUUAUGGUACGAUAAAGAAGAAAACAAACAGAAGGCUUUCGGGCCGAGCCGUUUCAUUGUUUCAAACUAGAGGAGUUUAAUCGGAUAAAUUAACGUUGCACUUGUUUCCAAACCGUUUCCAUUUGUUCACUUGUUACUAACAGAUUACAAUUUUAUUAGAUUUAGCGUCAUUAUGUACACCACAGAAGAGCAUUAUUAUUAGUAGUAAUUUUAAGUAGACUUUUAACUUGCCUGAACGGCAAAAGAUUGAUUCUGACAAGUUAUCCAAGGCAAUUCCACCAGCUGUCAUGAACUUGCUCACGAGAUGUCGCUCUUUAAAAAAACACACGAGCCAUCGCUUUGAUUAUAAAAAACAGUGUUUACAGAUAUAACACCAGUUUCAUGUUAUAUGAAGUUUAACCUAGGUAGGAAUUAUUAAGUACGUUAAUUCAUUAAUCAGAAACUUAUCUGAAGUUUAAAAAAAAAAAAUUAACAAAAAGUCUGCAUACUUUUGCAUUGUACACUUUGUGAUUAGUGGCAUUUCGUUUUUGUUUCAUUAUACAAAUGUAGUAGUUUUAAGAAGAUUUUUUUCAGGACUUGACUUGAUCAUAACAUGGCAUGGAAUCAUUUUGGACUUCUCUUAUUGUAUACGCUUAUUACACUUAUUGGUUCAAUCUAGCAGUGCGUUUGUAACGAUGUAACACUUUUAAUUAAAAACGUCUAGAGGAUUCCCGAUUUGAAAUUCUUAUAACAUACCAAAUUCUUAUUUAAAACAAAAGAGCGGAACCAUUUUUGAAGACUUGACAAAGCCUUAGAUCUUCUAGCUCAAAAAAAAGUAUGGACACAGCAAUUUUGUCAAAACGGGUUUGGAAUAAAGUCUUGCCGCUGUUGUCUACGAUUUUUUUUUUGAGAUGGAGGUCGAACAUUUGAAGAAUUUCAGAGUGUCCACAGAAAUGUAUUGUACGGGUGCUUGGUCACUUCUGAAAUUCUAUGGCCAGUUUCCAAGAGAGUUGCUUAAAAUGUGAAGUAAGCAAGCAUGCUUACUGCUUUUGCUUAAACAGAGAACUAUUUCUGCUUAAAACUCAUUUCGGUUGAGGUUGAGUCAUUUCUCACCGAAGAACUCAUUUUCAUGUGCUGUAGAUUUUGUGCUGCACACCACUUUUCAAUCGUUCAAUCGAAAAACAAAGUCACCAAUUUUUUGGUAAACCAUUUUUCGCACAUCAAUUUCCCUCGCAUGGAUUGGUGUUUCGACUCGCUGUCAACAUCAUUUGCUAGAUUGAGCUCAAUAAUUCGUCGGAAAAAAAUUUGGAGGGCAACUCGACCAAAAAAACCAAAGUAUAGCACUACUGAGCUCUACUGUGAAAAGUAAAGUUCAAAUAGUUUGCCAGAACCAGUUAGCCCGCCAAAUUUUUGUAGUCGACACUUUCAGGGAAAAUGGUAUCCAUUACCACAUCCCUUUUGUAUUAACUGCCCGUUUGCAUUUUCUCAUUUACACAUUUUAUGUUUACUCUUACUGGAUUAAAAUCAAAUUAUUCAUGUUCAGUGA